AUGGCCUCAACAAAAGAUAUUGCUACCAUAUGCAAUGGUCGUUCUGUCCUCCCUAUAAAUAAAACGUUAUGCCUGCAAAUACUCACAGCGUAUCCUCCCGCUGUCUCUGCACCUAACAUAGUCAAGCUUGUGAAAAUCGUAGUCGGCCUUGGAGAGUCCAAGGCAAACAAAACGGCAGAUUUCGUUGCCGGAUUGGUAAAAGAGCCUACAUUUAAGCAAUAUUUUAAGGCGUGCAAUGACGCCUAUAAGUUAGUAGUGGGGAAUUUUAGAAGUGCGCGAUUAGAACUCGAGGAUAACGAGACACAGACUGCAAGCUAUGAUAUCCUGGUUAGUAUGGACGAUACAGAAAUGGUGAAGAAUACAAUCGGCAAGAACACAGACAAGGCCUCAAAGACGCUCAUGGAGAUGACAUUAGUUAUGGAGGAUUAUAUUGGUAUAGCUUUUACAGCCGUCGACCAAAUCGACAAAUAA